AUGCUCAACCCUGUAUCGAAUCAUGAAGUAGGUCUGGGUGGCAGUAGUAGCGGCAGUAGUGUAGCUCGAAGUCUUUCAGGAUCUUGGCGGGUCCUCGCUGAGACUCUGGGGACGAAACUUCGCGAGUUCCACGAUGACCUUGAGAGGAAAGAUUCCAUCGAAUUCAGUCAAGAUUGUCGGGUGCGCUUUUUACGAUUUGCUCGCGCACGCGCACAACCGUUCCUUAAACUACACGCGGCCUUGAAUGACGUUUUGGCAGAGGUCACAUAUCACUGUCCCAAUCUUUACGGACCCGAAGCAGAAGUUGUGCUGAUUCGCGCACUCCGCUCGCUCGCUGAGCUCGAUUAUGCCUGUUUUGGAGAUUUUUUCGUACGCCUUUAUGACGACGCAACAUCUUUACUUCAGCGCUGGAACACCUUUGGCGAGACGGAGCUACGUCAAGGUAUCAUGAAGAGGAAAAACUUACUUAUACUCAUACUUUCAAACUAGGCUGGUUCUAGGUGGGAAAGUGCCUUCUUUUUUGAGUAUGAGUACGCUUUUUCCUUUCAUACGAGGCGCCCACCCUUUGAUCGAGGAAGUGUUUGGGCGCGACGCAUGUCGGGGAGACGAAAUUGUGAAACUGCGUCUCUGGUUAGACGAAAAGUGUCGAAAUAAUCCUUUCAAUGCCACAACAAGUUCUCCUUGUGAUGGAAGAAGAAUAUCAAGUUGUAGAAGGAAAACUUCUCUGGCGGGUAUAAGACAGUUGCUUCCACCCAGUCUAGUCUUGCGGAAAUAUGAAAGAGCAACCCUAAAGGAAGCCUCACGAGUCGCCGGCGUGCAGGGGAAGUGCUUGAUGGAGAGUUUGAUGCACCCUACGCGUGGUCCACUACGAAUCGUGCUUCGCGCUUUACAACUCGUGGCGCUUUGCCAGCAAAAGGAUGCAGCAGAGGCGCUUAUUUCAGCGAUCAAAGGCUCCAGUCAUGGCAAUUACGGCUGAUUUCAAUUUCGAACUGUUCACGGCCAAUUGAUUUGUGUAUUUGCUUGCUUUCACCGUCACCCAUGGCAGCUACUCAAAGUGUCACUGCCAGUUCUCUGUAACAAGAAAAUAGCUUGUUGUUCAUCUAGAUUUACUAGAGCAAAGAGAGCAUUGAAGAUUAGGUAUGUUAAAUUUUCACACCUCUAAAGACAUACAGACGCUGUGUCAUCAUUAUGAUCUACUGCCAAACUGCAGAAGGUCUUAUCGCAGAUUGCAAAUGACAUGCCACAAGUGUCAAAACCGAAGUUCUCCU